UUUCUCUCGCAUCGACCGCAAAUAUCAAAUAUGGCCGUUAGCGAUUCUUGACCACCAAGCAGUUUUAGCCGGUGGAUCGAAAAAAGUGUUUUUUGUGAAAAAAGGUUGAGCUUUAAUUUGGUCCAAGUGUUCACUCGUACGAUCGACAAUUGAUGGUAGAGAGUGAAACGGCGAUAAUAAUAACGAACAGUUACUUUACUGGGGUUGGAUAUCUGAUAAAAAUCAAGUCGCGGCUGCAACCCUGGAUUUCGAUCAUUGCUAUCAUUCUGUGUUCAAAAUCGGCUUACAUCAGAUAUUAUUUUUAUUAAGCCGACUGAUCUAUUCAUUGUAUCUAUUGUUCUUAAACAUUUCACAAUAGUACGAUUUAUCGGCGGCAAUUCAUCAUGGAGGCUUUAAUUCCAGUCAUCAAUAAACUUCAAGAUGUUUUCAACACCGUCGGUGCUGAUGCCAUACAACUCCCUCAGAUUGUCGUUCUAGGAACACAGAGCUCGGGAAAGUCCUCUGUCAUAGAAAGUCUGGUCGGUCGAUCGUUCUUGCCUCGGGGUACCGGAAUUGUUACUCGAAGACCUUUAAUUCUACAGCUGGUUUAUGCACCGAAAGAUGAUAGAGAGCACAGGUCUGCUGAAGAUGGCACACUGAGUCUGGAUGAGUGGGGGGUAUUUUUGCACACAAAGAAUAAAAUAUUCACGGACUUUGAUGAAAUCAGACAAGAAAUUGAGGCAGAGACCAACAGGAUGGCUGGCUCUAACAAAGGAAUUUGUCCUGAGCCAAUAAAUCUCAAGGUUUAUUCAAACUCUGUUGUUAAUCUUACCCUCGUCGAUUUACCGGGAAUCACCAAAGUGCCUGUUGGCGACCAGCCUGAAGAUAUCGAGGCGCAGAUCAGAAAUUUGGUACUCAAACAUAUCUGUAAUCCAAAUUCUAUAAUAUUGGCUGUUGUUACUGCUAACACGGAUAUGGCAACCAGUGAAAGUCUCAAACUUAGCAAAGAUGUUGACCCAGAUGGGAGAAGAACUCUUGCUGUUGUCACUAAACUAGAUCUUAUGGAUGCUGGAACGGAUGCCAUUGACAUACUCUGCGGAAGAGUCAUUCCUGUGAAGCUUGGUAUUAUCGGAGUUGUGAAUCGUUCUCAACAAGACAUCAUUAACAACAAAACCAUACAAGAUGCUCUCAAGGAUGAGGCUGCCUUUCUGCAACGAAAAUAUCCAACUCUAGCAAAUAGGAAUGGUACUCCUUACCUCGCAAAAACGCUAAACAGGCUCUUAAUGCAUCAUAUUAGAGACUGCCUUCCGGACUUGAAGACACGAGUGAACGUGAUGGUCUCUCAGUUCCAAACCCUAUUAAAUUCAUAUGGAGAAGAUGUUGGAGACAAGAGUCAGACGCUACUUCAAAUAAUAACUAAAUUUGCCAGCAGCUACUGUGCAACUAUCGAAGGAACUGCUCGCAAUAUUGAGACAACAGAGCUCUGCGGCGGCGCUCGUAUAUGCUACAUUUUUCAUGAAACCUUCGGACGUACUCUGGACUCAAUUCAUCCGCUGGCCGGACUUACCAGAAUGGACAUUCUAACUGCUAUUAGAAACGCGACAGGUCCGAGACCAGCUCUAUUCGUUCCUGAGGUAUCUUUUGAGCUUUUAGUAAAGCGGCAGAUCAGAAGACUAGAAGAACCCUCUCAACGGUGCGUUGAACUUGUUCACGAAGAAAUGCAGAGAAUUAUUCAGCAUUGUGGGACCGAAGUUCAGCAGGAAAUGCUACGUUUUCCCAAGUUACACGAACGCAUUGUUGAUGUCGUCACCCAUCUUCUUCGUAGACGAUUGCCAACUACUAAUUCUAUGGUCGAAAAUCUCGUCGCAAUUGAACUAGCAUACAUCAAUACCAAACAUCCAGAUUUUCACAAAGAUGCAGCUCUUGUCUCUUCGUUGUUGAAACAUGCCGAAGCGGACCAACUCAAACCCAAUAAAAGACACUUGUCUGCUACUUCAAAUGCUUCUACCGGUAGCACAAUUAUUACUCCCGAACAGAAUCAGAAAGCAGUCAAAAGUGAUGAUUCUCCGGUUCAUAAUGAUCACAAUAGAGAUACACAAGCGCAGCAAAAUCAUUGGCUACUUAGUAGCCUACUACCCCAAGGGAAAACAGACUCAGUUAGUGGAAAUUCAAUGGAUGGAUCUCCCGUAAGAUAUAGAGAAGGGAGUCCAACUUCCAACUCUGCUACUAGCCCAAAUUCUGUUUUGGAUUUACAGCGGGGGUCCCCUCAACAGAAACCAGUUAAUCUUUUACCCGAAGUUCCCACACAAACACCUCGGAAGCUCAGCGAUCGUGAGCAACGUGAUUGCGAUGUGAUAGAGCGAUUGAUAAAGUCGUAUUUUUAUAUAGUACGAAAAUCUAUACAAGACAGCGUACCAAAAGCUGUUAUGCAUUUUCUGGUCAAUUACGUUAAGGACAAUUUGCAAAGCGAGCUAGUCACUCAUCUUUAUAAACCUGAUCAUAUCGAAUCGCUUCUCAACGAAAGCGAGCACAUCGCUGUUAGGCGUAAGGAAGCCGCCGAUAUGCUCAAAGCACUAACAAAGGCUGGUCACAUCAUCAGUGAGAUUCGCGAGACACAUAUGUGGUGAUAUUCGGAAGAUUCGUAUGAAUAAUGCACCCAAUGUUACGGUUAGUUACAAAUAGGUAUUACCUGCGUUCGAGACAAAAAAACAGAAAAUAAUAAUGUGGGUAAUCAUCGCCAUUUGCCUACGGAAACAUCAAUCAACUCUAAUUACCAAACGGUAAAAUCACACCGACAAUAUGAUAAUUGAAUUUAUCGUAUGUAAUCGGAUGAUCGUCUUUCAGAAAUCCCUUUUUGGUUCGAUUUGUCGUUUGUUUUUCUGGUUUUUUUUUUAUAGAAAUAAGAGAUUGGAAAGAAAAUACAAAGAAAACGAGAGCGAGCAAAAACCAAAGACCAUAUACGGAGAACAGGAUACAUAUGUUGUAUUUCAUCUUGGUAUAGAUUUUUUCUUUUAUUUUUUUUCAUAGUUAUAACAAAGUUAGGACUAAAAAUGUCUAUAGGGGGAUUUUGGAACAUACAGAUGAGCUGCAGGCAAAACGGUUUGAAAAAAAUUUAGAAUUAAUAUUUUUAAUCGAUGCUAAUUGUUUAUUUAUACACGCUAUCUCUUAUCAUGUAACAAGAAAUUCAUCCGAGUAAGUGAUCAAAAAUUUUGAAAAGAAUAAUUGAAGCUGCGACAAAAAAAAGGAUGAAUCGAAUUUAUGGCUAUUGUCGGAUACGCUGAAAUUGAAUUUUUACGUCCAAGUUAGAGGGACAGAUUUUUUUUUUUUUAAUCCAUUUUUCAUCACUUUUUUUUAACGAUGUACUGUCCUCUGGUUUUAGAGGCAGCAGAUUCUUUAUAGUGUUAAAAACCACUUUUCGAUCUUCGCGACAUUAACUAUUCUAACAAUUAAGAACCCUGCUUGAAAUAUGCCUGCAUUUUGACGCGGUAUUCAUGAAUAUUACAUUGAUUGAUUUCAACAUUCUUUGAAGUCCGUUCGGUUUGUAUUUAUGUACAUAUGUGAGAGGAGGUGAAUUACGUGAUUUUCGAUUACUCUACAGAACUGAUUUUAUUCUCUUUUUUUUUGUUCCGCAUUUUCUUGAAAAAAAUACUUUGUAAAUAUAUUUGAAUUGAGGCGUAUGUCUUGAUGAAAUACUGCCCGAAAUAUGCAAAGAGCUUCGCUAUACUCUUGUCGUUCGUCUAAUGUAACGAACAAAAAAGAAACAAAUUUUAUUUUAUUCAGUAAAAUGAAUUUUUCCCUUAGCUGUUGUUGUCAGGUGAUUUUGAAUCUUUUCUUUCUUCUUUUGUUAAAAGAAAUUUCAAGUAUGAUGAGUGUGACAAAUAAAUUAUAAGCCAUAACACCGAA